CCCCCCGUGAGGUGCACCAUUCAUUCAUUGUUUAUAUUCGGGACACCCAUCACGUCGCGAUAAACUCUAUUUGUGCAUAACGUCAGUAUAUUGGAAAAAGCAAUGAAGGCUGACAGUUCGAAAGAAGAAGUUCACCCAUGCUUCCUCCGAUUUGUGACAGAUGUCAAGCAAGGAAAGUAUUCCGGGUCCUCGGAGAUUACAAGCAAGACAUUAGAUUUGUUGAAACAGUUGAUUGCAGAUGGCGAAUUUUCAAAUGCUCAAGGAAUGAUGGAUACAAUUCGAGCUCAUGGACGCUAUCUCCACAAGGCUUUGCCUUUACAUGCAUCCGUGGGUAACAUGGCUCGUAGAGUUUUAAAAAUUGUGAGAGAAGAGUAUGCUGCUGGUAGUAAGAUAAUUAAAAACAAAUCUGAAGAAAUAGACCCGCAAGAAUCUCUUCACAAAAUUAUUACGUCCGUUGAAAGUGGUGAAGAUUAUAGCAGUCAUGUUCCUGAUUUAAAAUCAGGUGUUCUAGAGCACAUCUCAGAAUUUGAAAUGGAGUUGGAAACUAGUAUAGACAAUAUAGCACAGCAAGCCCAGGAGCAUAUCCAUUCAAAUGAAAUCAUUUUAACUCUUGGCAUGUCUCAUGUUGUGGAGUCAUUCUUACGAAAGGCUGCAGCCCAUCGGAAGUUUGACGUUAUUGUUGUGGAUUGUGGUCCAAUUGGGAAGGGACAACAACUUGCUGUUAGUUUAGCCAAAAGCAAAAUUAAUACCACCAUUAUUGGAGACAGAGCAAUUGUUGGUAUUAUGUCUCGAGUAAAUAAAGUUAUUAUUGGAACUCAUACUGUCAUGGCCAAUGGUGGUCUUAGAGCGCUCAGAUCUUGUCAUGCUGUUGCAUUAGCUGCAAAACACUGCUCUGUCCCUGUUUUUGUUUUGGCUCCUCUAUACAAAUUAACUCCACAAUAUUUGUGCUCGUAUGAUCAGGAUGGUUUUAACAGUUAUAUUGCACCUGAUGGAGUUUUAGACUUUUCAGAUCACCCAACACUUUCUCAAAUCAAGCGCUAUUGCCCUGUUUUUGACUAUGUACCGCCUGAGCUAAUCACUCUCUUCAUCUCCAACACUGGUGGUCAUGCACCUUCUUAUGUAUAUCGUCUCUUAAGUGAAUUGUACCAUCCAGAUGAUUAUGAAAUCUAAAGUAUCAGAGCCUUUCCUUCUUAUCAUUUUCAAGGUAUAUAUUCAUAUAUAUGUAAUAUAAUGAAAGCUAUGCAGAAACUUUAA